CCAUUCCACCACCAACCACCACUAACACGCCGCUCAGCUUAUCCACCAUCGCGUAUACGCGUUCUCUCUCUCUCUCUUUCUCUCUGUUUUUCUCCUUUCCUCGGAAUUUGCAUUCUCCGACUCUUGCCCUACGCAUCGAGAAGCUGAAAAGCCGACAAGUAUGAUUUCACUCUGGGCUUUUAAUGCAAUGGCAUUCCUCUGCAAUUGGAUGCUUGUGUCUUCCUCAAUCUUGAAGGACGAUAGUAGCCUAAGGAUCUUCAAGGAAUCGCCGAACGAAUUCGAAUAUGUGGUUAGAAGGACCGAUUUGGAUGAUCGUAAAGAGGAUACCGAAUCUAAGGAGAGACGCAGCAACAUGGGUUCCUCCUUCAUCAGAUUUGGACGCGGCCAAUCCUUUGAUAAUUCGGCAUUAGAUAACGAAAUCGAUUCGAAGGUCAGCAGGCAUCCACGAUGGAAGUCGCCGGAUGUCGUGAUUAGAUUCGGUCGGUCUGGUUUCAAGACCACAAAUAGUGACCAACCCAAACGCGGGAAGAACGAUCUUAACUUCAUCAGGUUUGGCCGCAAUAUACAAAUGGCGCCGAUCGAUCUCGAUAUGUCUGCGGUUUGUUCGGCGCUCAUGUUGAACAACGGCGUGAUCAGCGACGCGGGGCUUCAUCCGGACGUCACGAGGCUAUUUCGUCUUUGCAACAACCUGAACAAGAUCACAUCCGGUGAGAUCAGCUUGGACGCCCUCGAGACCGAUUCGAAUCGUCGCGAAUGAACUGGCACGCUACUCUCAUCCAACUCGUCCGAGAUCCGAGAUCGUCCCGUGCAGAGUCACUGUGGAUUCGAUGGCGGAUGUCAACGAGGAUCGCAGCAUUCCAGUUUAUCAAAUUGAUUUUGGCAACCGCGACCGAAACGCAAUUUGGGCUUUGAGAUGACGACCGGAUCGCAUUACUAUCAGCGCGUAUCUGUACUUAAACGAAUUUCAUACGUCGACUAAUUGAACAAACACCAAUUUGCUUGCGAUAUAAAUUCCCGCUAGAAUGUCUGUUACAAAAUUAUAAAGAGACCCAUUUACAGAUAGUUUUCUUCUGUUCCUUGUGCCCUUUGCUAAUCCAAAUUAAGAAUGAUUGCCCGAGAAUUCUAAUCUAAUUUUUUUUUUUCUGUGAGAGAACUUGUCACCAUAUUUUUUUUUCGAGGAACAGAAAUUAAAUUGAUUAAUCCGCAUUAAAUUUUUGUAUAACUUUGUUACAUUGUUUGUUAACGUUAGUAGUAUCUAGUUUUAUUGUUUGUAAAUUUUAUAUUUACAUUAUGCAUGUUAUACAGUCAAAUAAAGCCAUUGAUAAUAAAUAUUCUUUAAUCUCUUCUGAUUGUACGCUAAAAAACUUUUACAAAAAUAUGAAUAAACAAAAUGCAUCUUAUAUACAAUUAUAUAAUAUAUUAUUUUUAUUAUAAUACAAUUUUUUACAACGAUGAGAAAAAGUCAUAUAAUUGUUAAUUUAUUUAUAAUUCUAUUUUGUUUAUAUGUAUUAAUUGUUAAAUUCAUAGUAUUUGCAGCUAAAGGAUUAGCCGGCUACGCAAGUGUUAAUCUGUUUUAUUUUCAAGAAAAUAUGAGCCGAAUAGUUACAGUGAGCUGAUAGUGAAUGCAGAGCCGCGAAUGUUACAUCGGAUACCAGCGCUGUACAUCCACCUCUGCCUCAUUAACAUAUUUAAUGUACAUAGAAAUGAUUUUUUGAUGAUUCGUCGUUUUAAAAUAUCGUCGAUGUAAUCGCAUACAAAAGAUUCGUAUUAUAAUCGUGCACAUUCUUUCUGUUGUGUCGGCGCGAAUAGCGAAUUCGGUUGAACGCAGUAGUGCGCACUAAUAUAUGUGACUAAGGUCAUCUAAAGAUGUCUAAAUUUAAGUCACCAAGCGCAUAAGCAUGGCAUGAAAACAUAGUUGCGCAGAAGAACACCAACGGCAAAUUUUUUGAAUUUUUGUUAUUACAAAAAAAAUGUUACUACACAAAGGAAAAUUGUUGGAAAAUUUGUGUUAAAUUUAAUAUAUAUUACAUGUCUCCAAACGACCCACAUAAAUUUUCGUGUUAAUUUAAUAUAAUAUGAGUAUGUUAAAUAGUGACACUAAUAUUAUCUUAAUAUUUUAACUCAAAAAUCAAUACAAGCUUCACAGAAAUUUGAAAUAAAUUUUGUGUAAAAUCAACAUAUUUUCAAUGAUAAAAUUAAAUUGGAAAAAAAUUAUUGAUGAUCUAUAGUUAUUCUCAUAUUUAUUGUAAAAUAAAAUCAACAUUCUUUUCCUGUAAAUUUUAACAGAUAAAUCCUGUCACUAAUA